UGUCCUGUAGUGUAAAUGUCGCCCAGAGUGUUGGACAACAAAUCCACUGAGCAGUUCUGAACGUGAAGCUUUUAGGUCAGGUUUAAAACUGAAAUCCUUGCAGAGAAGACGUGAGAUCUGAAAAUCAGCCUUGUGUUACUUCACAGUUGUUUAGUUAAUCAUCAUGCAGAGUGACAUGAAGACGCCCUUGUUGGCUGGUUCCUCAUCUGAUGCCUCAAAGCCCCUGCCUCGCUGCCCGGGAGGCCCUGUGAUUGGCAUUAUUGGCUCUGGAGACUUCUCCCGGUCCCUUGCGAUCCGGCUGGUGGCCUGUGGUUUUAGGGUGGUGGUGGGCAGCCGUGACCCACACCGUAUUCCCAGGGGUAUGUUUCCUGACGGGGUGGAGCUGCGAUCACAGAGGGAGGCGGUGGACGGUGCAGAGAGGGUGGUGUUCGUUGCAGUCUACCCAGAGCACUACUACACCCUGGUGGGGCUUAGGGAGCUGCUGGCUGGGAAGGUGCUGGUGGAUGUCAGCAAUGCCACCAGGCUGAAUAGUGGAGAGCAGUCACAUGCAGAGAGGCUGGCUGAGCUGUUCCCAGAGAGCAGGGUGGUCAAGGGCUUCAAUGUCAUCUCAGCUUGGGCGCUUCAGGCUGGAGCCUAUGAUGGAAGCAGGCAGGUCCUGGUCUGCAGUGACUGCUCCCACUCUAAAGCCUUGGUGCUCCAGCUGGCUCGUUGUCUUGGCUUCAGCCCUGUGGAUCUGGGGGGUCUGUGUGGAUCCAGAGACAUUGAGGAAGCCCCGCUCAUCCUCUUCCCUUCCUGGGGAGGCCCCAUCUUGGCCGUGUUCCUUCUCUUCCUCUUCUUCUAUGGAUACAGCUUCGUGAGGCACAUCCUGCUGCCCUACCUCGAUCGAGGAGAGAACAACUUCCACCAGCUACCACUAGUGACGGUGAAUGAGACUCUGCCGGCGGUUGCCCUGGUUACACUGGCUCUCGUCUAUCUUCCAGGUCUUGUGGCAGCUGUCCUCCAGCUGGGCAGGGGAACCAAAUAUAAGAGGUUUCCAGGUUGGUUAGACCGUUGGCUGUGCAGGCGGAAGCAGCUCGGCCUGCUGAGCUUCCUCUGCACUCUCCUCCACGCUGUGUACAGUAUGUGUCUGACGCUGCGGAGGGCUGCAGGGUACACACUGCUCAAUGCAGCUUACCAGCAGGUGAAAGCUGGUGUUGAAAAGUCCUGGGUGGAGUCACAGGUGUGGAGGUCUGACCUCUACCUGUCCUGUGGGAUUCUGGGAUUUGGAGUCCUCAGUCUGCUGGCUGUUACCUCUCUGCCCUCUGUUGGAAACACCCUCAGUUGGAGGGAGUUUACAUUUGUUCAGUCAGGACUUGGUUACGUUGCCUUAACUCUCUCCAUCAUGCACACUCUCUUCUUUGGCUGGGACUUUGCCUUCUUCCCUGGGGCCUACCCUUAUUACCUGCCUCCAGUCUACCUGCUGGCCCUCAUUCUGCCCUGCGUAGUCCUGGUGGGACGGCUCCUCUUGGCUCUGCCGUGCCUGACGUCAAGACUGGCAAAGAUCCGCAGGGGCUGGGAGAGCGAGAGACACCGCCCCCCCCAAUAACCAGCCAUGGUCAAAUGAAGCGGAUCCUCCUCAAAACUUUGGUGAUGUCUAGUGUUCAGGAGGGAAACAAAUCUAGACAGAUGUUUCUUAUCUCUCUGUGCGAGUCUGAAUUCUGUCAGCUCUGGACUUUGAAAGGCUUUAACUGGACUUUCCUUCAUGACUGCCACCUUUUUCCUCUACACUAACAAGAAGAGAUGCAGAGAGGGGGGAGAGACGGAGUGGAGCAGUGAUCUAACUUGUCCAUGAUCCUGCUAUUACCUUCAUUUAGCUGGAAUGUUUUGAAAAGCAAUAUUUUUAAGAAAAUUCAUUUUUAGAAAAAUUUAUUGCAGUUGAUAACAGAGUCAGACAAAUAGCAUUACUGUUCCGCCAUGUCAGAGACAGCAGAGACAGGAUCUACUCAGGGGACUCACUCACACGUGACAUGUGGUCUGGCAAGUUAACUUAAGCCUGUACAUGGAUUCAACGAGCUGCAUGAUGAAUCUGCCUAAAAAUGCAGUUAUCAUUAUCAGUUAAUCUGUAGAUUAUUUUCUGAAUUGUUUCAAUGUUUAGUCUUAACUCUAAGCAACAUCUUCAGAUGUCUGUUUUGUUUGACCAGCAUUCCAAAGAAAUGCGCUUUACUGUCAGAGGUGACAAAGAAAACCAGGAACAAAGCUGAAACCAGAGAAUAUUUGUUUUAUAUUUUAUGCUUAAAAUUUUUUUAAAUGAUUAUCAGAAUUGUAUUG